AUGGUGGGUGUGGCUAAGACUGUUAUUGGUAUUGAACAAUGCAAACAAUGGGAAUUACACAAUGGGACUAAUACAGUAAAUCAAGUUCUGUUGGAUAAAAUCUAUAAAUCCGAAUAUGGCAGUAUAUUUGUUUACUACACACUUAUUGUUUUACUUCUCAAUGUACUCAAUUCAGAAGCCAUGGAAAAGAUACUACUGACUGGAAACUAUACCUUGAAAUCGAUGAAACCAAUAGACCUAUCCAACACUAAUAAAGAGGAAAUAAAAGCCUACUUUGAGAAUGCAUUUGAAUUAAACGAAAGCAUAUUCACUGGUCUUAAAGAUGCUUCUGCGUUCUACAAGUGUCCGGACCGAUUACGUCUGCCGUUGAUAUUUUACUACGCGCACACGGCUUCGGUGUAUGUGAAUAAAUUACUGCUUGCUGGAAUGAUCCAGGAGCGUGUUGAUUUCAAAUUUGAGACUAUAUUUGAAACUGGCGUGGAUGAAAUGUCGUGGGAUGAUACGGAAAAUUACCGAAUGGGUGGUAGUUUUAAGUGGCCCACGCUGACGGAGGUUACUAUGUAUCGAAGGAAAGUGAGACAAAUGGUACUAAAAACUAUACAAGAUACGCCACUGGUACUACCCAUACACCAAGAAAGUGAAUGGUGGGCAUUGAUAAUGGGAAUAGAGCAUGAACGAAUUCAUAUUGAGACUUCAUCUGUAUUGAUAAGACAGCUACCAGUGGAGUUUGUACAGAUUCCACGAGAUUGGAAAUACGCUCCAUACUCAGUAGGUGAUGGUUUGACACGUAAUUCUAUGAUUUUGGUUAGUGGAGGUGACGUCACGUUGGGAAAGUGUGUGAAGUUCCCAUCAUUUGGAUGGGACAAUGAAUACCCAGAAUUCAAAACAACAGUUCCUCCGUUUGAAACAGCACGUUAUUUGAUCACAAACAGUGAAUUCUAUCAGUUUGUCCAAAAUGGAGGUUACACGAAAAAAGAAUUCUGGACGGAAGACGGCUGGGAAUGGAAGACGUUUCGACAAGCUACACAUCCAGCAUUUUGGGUGUGUACGAACGGCUGUAAAUCUGGUUGUGGAGGAGACAUUAGUAAUGUUACCCAUUGUAGACCCAAUAAUUGCGAUGACAGCUACACUUCAAGCAGCGGGUCUUACAGAUACCGCGCUAUAUUCAGUGUCAUAGACAUGCCGUGGGACUGGCCAGUGGAUGUGAACUAUCACGAGGCCAGUGCGUACUGUGCAUGGAAAGGCCCCGAAUACAGAGUACCAACCGAAGCAGAACACCAUGCCAUGAGAGGAAAGCAGAAUGCAUCCGAUGUUGGAGUAGAAUCUGACAUUAUCUUCAGAGAUGACAUCAAUUGCAAUAUUAAUCUGAUGUAUGGAUCGUCCACACCUGUUAACAUGUACCCAGCCAAUGAACUUGGUUUUCACGACAUAACGGGUAACGUAUGGGAAUGGAUGGCAGAUCAUCUAAAUGGAUUCCCGGGGACGGAAACAAGCUUUCUAUAUGACGACUUUUCAGCUCCUUUACAUGACGGUAAACACAACAUGAUGUUGGGUGGCUCCUGGAUCACUAACGGAACUACUGCAUCCAAAUAUUGUAGAACCGGAUACAGGCGCCAUUUCUUUCAACAUGCUGGCUUCCGUUUAGCAAGGUCUGUCACCACGGAUGUGGUUUUACCAUUGCGACUCAUUAACACACCAGUGUUUAUUUUAGGGCGAGGAGUUUCCAAAAUCGUCGCAACAGUCAAGCACAGCAAAAUCGACAAGUGUUUUGGUAGAAGUACCAAUGCACAAUACUAUGAAGAAAGCGAAUCUAGAUUGAACAAUAUCAUACAGUUGCAGUUCGGAGUACAAGUUGACAAUUAUACAACUAAUUUGUUGGGUGUAUGUAACACAAUUAUCAAGAAAUAUGAGAUUAGUAAGAACAGUGUAUUGCAUCUGGGGUGUGGACCAGGCAGAAUGGCUUUUGAAAUGACUAGGAUUUUUAAAAAGGUCGUUGCGAUAGACUUCUGCGGUAGGUACAUUGACACUGCAUUAAAGUUACAAAACGUUGGAUCACUGAUGUAUGAAAUACCACUGUCAUGUAACGACGAGACUGUAACAUCUAGAAAACGCCAACAUGCAAUGAUAGCUGGGGAUAUUGACCGAUCGAAAGUGGUAUUCAAACAGAUGACUUGGAUUCCCAAUGAAUUAUAUGGAUUUGAUUUGACUAUCCAAGACAUGAUAGACAGAGUGUCUAACGUAAAAGCGUGGUUGGUACGUCUCGGGGAAAUAACACUAUCAACAGGUGUGGUUGUCAUAGUUUCCAGCACCGGAUGGGACAAAGAUACAAUUAAACCCAUUGUUGGUCACAGGCUUCGCUACCUUGGCUGCGAUGCUUUUACAUUUGUCACCCCAACUGGUGAGAAAAACGAAGCGGUGGUCACUUUAUGGAAAAGAACAUAA